AUGACAGCGCGUCAUCUGCUUCGACAUUCACCUGCUGCUUCUGAGAUAUUGACUAAAUGGACUUGUGAACAUCGGGACAGCCCAUAUCCUACUGCUGCCGAGAAAGAAACUCUACGAGGACUGACAGGUCUGAAUGUACGACAGCUCAAUACUUGGUUUGCAAAUUAUCGUCGGCGGAAGCAAGCUGGACGCCCAAGCAAGGAUACGUCGGCCACAACACCUCAACUCGUGACGGACGCAAUUGAGAAUGAACCAGAUACUCAAGCUGUUCCUGAGCAGGAGACAUCCCUUUUGCUUCAAGGCAAGAAAUUCCAAUGCACCUUCUGUACCGACACCUUUAGCACAAAGUACGAUUGGACCAGACACGAGACUUCCUGUCACAUCCCACUGAAACGCUAUAUUUGUUGUCCCUUUUCUGCUGUGCAGCAAUGCGCAAGCACUGGUAAUCAGAUCUGCGCCUACUGCGGCCUCACAUCUCCGACCUCGGAACACAUCGCGUCUCACAAUCAUGACUAUUGUCAAUCGAGAGAACCAAAUGCUAGGAUAUUCCUUCGAAAAGACCAUCUUCGCCAGCAUCUGCGUUCUGUACAUGAGUGUGGUAUGCUUCCACAUAUGGAUGACUGGCUUCUGGAAGCCGCAUGGGUGAACAGCCGCUGUGGCUUCUGUGGCGAGCGCUUUACAACAUGGAACGAAAGGAACGAACACCUCGCUAGUCACUUCAGGGAUGGUUACCAUAUGGGUAUGUGGAAAGGCUGUAGAGGCUUUGACGGCGCUGUAUCUGCUCAAGUAAUAGCGGCCAUGCCACCAUUUCUUAUUGAUUUGGAACGCCUGCGUCCAUUCCCUUUCAGCGCCUCCAAUGCAAAACGUGGUCCCGGUCUGCCACAAAACAGGUCUUGGGAGUUUCUCGUGGCGGGAUUGCAUCGUUUGGUUAAGUAUAGAGCAUCACAAAGUCGUCCUGUAUCAGACCAAGACCUUCAGGAUGAAGCCCGGCUCCUGACUUACGGGUCAUCCACUGCCGACAUUCAUACUGCAGCCGACAAUCCUGAAUGGCUAGAUCUGUUCAAAAAAGCUUACAGUCUCGGUAUCUUGACGUGUCUUACCGAAGGACAGGAACCUUACACGGCCGAAGACCUUGAAGUCUACCACGAUCUUGGAAUCGCGAUACCUUCCUUGUCGCAAGAGCAACGAACAUCUGCCCUUCUUGUAUUGUUCCAGAAUGAUGGACCCAUACCAAAGGCAUAUCGCCGUUUUUCCGCUUCACGUGUUCCUCUGCAGAAGGCGCUGCCUUUUGAAACGAUUUCUGGUCCUUGGCCUGAUGCAGUGGGUGUUCCGAAAGACACUGGGAGCAGAGCUUAG